UUUCCCGGGGAUAAGUUUACGCGUUUUUUUCAACCAGCUAUGAUACAAUGAACACGGAAGUGAAGAGUUGCUACAUAUGCAGCGAUGCAAAUCCAAAUUCAGCUAUUUUUUUACCCAAUAAUACACCAGUUUUUGUAGGACGAAAUGUUGAUACAAAAAUCACGGAUACAAAGUGCUCGAGGAAUCAAGUUCGUUUGUGUGCAAGUUAUGCAGAUAAAUGUGUAACAGUGUGCCAAACUGGUGCUCGACCCUCUGGCUUCGACGGCUGUAAGACGAAAAAGGAUGAGAAAUAUGUGAGAAAACAUGGGGAUAUCAUUGAAAUACUUCAUGGAAAAUACCCUUACAGGAUAGAAUUCAAUCCACCGCCUUCUGAAAACCGAAGGGCGCCAAUAAAUCCUAAAAAACGCACUUGCAUUGAUUCAGAGGGUGAGAGUCAGGAGUUUAAAGCAAGAAAAAAACCCAAAGCUGAUUUUUGCGGGGCUGAAAUGUCCAGGGAAGUGCUCAAGGACAAUGAUGAUGAUGUCGAUGAAGAAACGUCCCGGAAGAUCCUUGAAAAAGUGCGAGCGCGACGCCAGAGUCCAAUGCCAGGUGGAUCCAAGACUGAUGACGUUGAUUACGGAUCAUCCAGUAAAAUUCAUAAAGAGACGUGGGAAGAUGUCGACAAACAGGCCUUGAUGAUUUUCACUGCUGAGGGGGUGCAAUCUAGAUCGAAAAUUGCGGCGUACGACAUGGAUGGAACUUUGAUAACCACGCAAUCGGGGCUGGUCUUCCCCAAGGAUCUCAACGACUGGAAAAUUCUGUUCCCGGGGAUUCCCGGAAAGUUGAAGGAGUUGCAUGCGGACGGAUAUAAAAUUGUUAUCUUUACAAAUCAGGGAGGAUUGGGAUUGGGAAAAUCAAAGCCUAAUGACUUCAAACAGAAGAUUGAGAGAGUUGUUAAAAGACUGGGAGUCCCCAUUCAGGUAUUCAUUGCGACUGCAAGAGACUCCUAUAGAAAACCAGUGACCGGAAUGUGGGAUAGAUUUGCUAAAUUCAACAACGACGGAGUACCCAUUGAUAAAGACAAUUCAUUCUUCGUUGGAGACGCAGCAGGAAGACCAAAAGACUGGGCUCCAAAAAAGAAGAAGGAUCACUCUCUGGCCGAUAGACUAUUCGCCUUGAAUGUUGGAGUCAAGUUUUACACACCUGAGGAGCAUUUCCUAGGGCAGAAGCCUGUGCAGUAUAACCUACCAGUGUUCGACCCAAAAGUAUUAGAUGAUGAUGUUGAUGUCUGCGAUCCACCUAGAGCACAAUUGUCCUCCAAAAAGCAAGAAGUGAUUCUCAUGGUAGGGGCGCCAGGAACAGGAAAAACCCACGUUGUACGGAAUUAUCUGAAGGAUUAUCACCACAUCAAUCGAGACAAAUUGGGAAGUUGGCAGAAAUGUGUUGCAGAAAUGGAGAAAUAUUUAUCUCAAGGGAAGAGUGUAGUUAUUGACAAUACAAAUCCAGACCCAACGUCAAGACAAAGAUUUCUUGAUGCUGCUAAGUCCAAGAACAUUCCAGUCAGAUGUUUUCUCAUGAAGACUCCCAUCGAACAUGCGAAACACAACAACAGAUUUAGGGAAUUGACUGAUCCUAGUCACAUGGUUGUCAGCGAAAUUAUUAUAAAUUCAUAUGUUGGCGCCCACUCCACCCUGGUCUGGCGUUGCACCAGAUUUAUCAAGCUACUGCUGCUCCUGUGUCUCCGACUUCUCUUCGUACUAUCUCUCUACACAUAUGUAAAACCUUACAGGAAGAACUUCGUGGAGCCGAGCAUGGACGAGGGAUUCUCAGAAAUCGUGAAGAUCAAUUUUGUACCAAAAUUCCAGACUGAGAAGGAACGAGAGCUUUACACAAUGUAUCUUCUUGAAAAAUAAUGUUGAAAAAUGAAUAUAUGUCCAUUUUAUACAGUCGUACUUAUUUUCUUACAUAAAAAUGAAUAAAAUUCUUAAAAGUGGAAGUGA